GGCGAUUUGGUGUGGGGCGACUUGUCUUACAAACAAAAACUGGAACAUCCUAGAUAUUGACAUCGUGAUCAAUAUCGGAAAACAGUGAUUUUGCGAAUGAAGAUUGGAUUAUCAAGGUUUAUAACGUAUCGAAGCUUAUUUAUUUGAUUGCAGGCCAACCUGAUAAAACAAAGGACGUCAGUUCACAAAGAAAACGAAGAAAAAAAUGUCGGACACAUUUAGUGAUAAACUCCAUGACUGUACAGUAUGCGGUAAAGGGUUUGGUACGAGUCAGAUUUUACAAAAUCAUAUGAAAAUAAAUACUGUUGAAAAACCCUAUGAAUGUAUGGUAAAAAUGGCGGACACAUUUAGUGAAAAACUCCAUGAAUGUACAGUAUGUGGUAAAGGAUUUGGUACAAGUCAGAGUUUACAAAAACAUGGGAAAAUACAUAAUGGUGAAAAACCUUAUGAAUGUACGGUAUGCGAUAAAAGGUUUGGUGUGAGUGGUUACUUGAGGGAUCAUAUGAGAUUACAUACUGAUGAAAAAACACAUGAGUGUACAGUCUGCGGUAAGAAGUUUAGUGUGAGAAAUUACUUAAAUAGGCACAUGAAAAUACAUACUGGGGAAAAGCCCCAUGAAUGUAUGGUAUGUGGUAAAAGGUUUAGUUUGAGUAAUCCCUUGCAGAAGCACAUGAGAGUACAUACGGGUGAGAAACCCUAUGAAUGUACAUUAUGCGGUAGAGGUUUUACUAGGAGAACUCAAGUGAAGGAGCACAUGCGAUUACAUACUGGGGAAAAACCACAUAAAUGUACAGAAUGCGAUAAAGAAUUUAUUUCAAGUAACCAACUAACGAAGCACAUGAAAAUACAUACUAGUGAACCUUGGGACAAACCCCAUGAGUGUACAGUAUGUGGUAAAGUGUUCAGUACUAUUCCAAACUUAGAGAGACAUGAGUAUAUACACACUGAAUAUAAACCUUAUAAAUGUGGAGAAUGUGGUCAAGAGUUUAGUAAGGAACAGAGCUUAAUACAACAUUUUUUUGUGCAUUCUCCAAACCAGCCUUUAUAAUGUAUGCAUGUGGAAGGUAUUCUCCAAACAAACCUUUAUAAUGUAUAAAUGUGGAAUAUGGUCUUUUGUGGUUGGAACUUACAGAGAGAGACACAUGAAGCACACACUGUCGAUUACCCUCAUAAAUGUGACACUUGUGAUAAACAAUUCAUUAAAAAUAGUGAGACAUGGAGAAACAUUAGAUAAACCUUAUAAAUGUGAUGGACAAUACAUUCAAAGGAUUGACUUACAGAGACACAUAAACACAUACUGGUGAAAAUGGGAACUGACAAAGGCAAUUUAGAACACAUACUGGUGAAAAUGGGAACUGACAAAGGCAUUUGAGAACACAAACUGGUGAAAAUGGGAACUGACAAAGGCAUUUCAGAACACAUACUGGUGAAAAUGGGAACUGACAAAGGCAUACGAAAACACACACUGGUGAAAAUGGGAACUGACAAAGGCAUAUGAGAAAACACAUGCUGGUGAAAAUCGGAACUGACAAAGGCAUAUGAGAAAAUACACUGGUGAAUAUGGUAACUGACAAAGGCAUACGAAAACACACUGGUGAAAAUGGGAACUGACAAAGACAUUUCAGAACACAUACUGGUGAAAAUGGGAACUGACAAAGGCAUUUCAGAACAAACACUGGUGAAAAUGGGAACUAACAAAGGCAUAUGAGAACACACACUGGUGAAAAUGGGAACUGACAAAGGCAUAUGAAAACACAUACUGGUGAAAAUGGGAACUGACAAAGGCAUUUCAGAACAAACACUGGUGACAAUGGGAACUGACAAAGGCAUUUCAAUACAAACACUGGUAAAAAUGUGAACUGACAAAGACAUUUGAGAACACAUACUGGUGAAAAUGGGAACUGACAAAGGCAUUUCAGAACAAACACUGGUGAAAAUGGGAACUGACAAAGGCAUUUCAGAACAAACACUGGUGAAUAUAGGAACUGACAAAGGCAUUUAAGAACAAACACUGGUGAAAAUGGGAACUGACAAAGACAUUUGAGAACACAUACUGGUGGAAAUGGGAACUGACAAAGACAUUUGAGAACACAUACUGGUGAAAAUGCGAACUGACAAAGGCAUUUGAGAACACAUACUGGUGAAUAUGGGAACUGACAAAGGCAUAUGAGAACACACACUGGUGAAAAUGGGAACUGACAAAGGCAUAUGAGAACACACACGGGUUAUACACAUCAUAAAUGUGAUGAACAUUCAUCAGAUGAUAGGCUUGCAGAGACACAUGAACACAUACUGGUGAUAAACAUAAUAAAUGCAGUGUAUUGGGAAGUGAGUUUGGUGAAAAUGGGAACUUGCAAAGGCAAAUAAGAACAAAUAUGGGUGAUAAACCUUAUAAAUGUGACGAGGUUAAAAAGGUUUUAGCCAGAAUCAUAGCAAAGAUACAUAUGUUAGAAACCACUCUGUGGAUUCAUCUAAGUCUUAUACGUUCAUUUUAUCCAUGCAUUAUGUAUAUAUAUACACACAUUUAGUGUAAUCUUUGUUCACAAUUUUUAGAGGGAGACAGAUUUAUACAUUUAUAUAGGUUCUUCUUUUUUUUUAAUUCUUUUUUUAAAUCACUUGGCACUUCGGCAUCCGUCGUCGUUUUCCUCAUCGUCGUCAUUCACUUUUUAUAUUUUAAACUUCUUCUAGAGAACCACUGAAUCUUCCUUAUGAGGUGCUGACCAAUUGUUGUUACUCUGUAGCCAGCGAGGGACUUAGUUCAACAUAGUACCCUAUGGGAAGUACAUACAAAUGUCUUCUUUUAGAGAACCAUUGACUGGAAUAAAACCAAACAUAGCAUGAAUGUUCCUUCUGAGGUGUUGACCAAAUAUUGGUAGUUUGAAUCUGAUCUAUCAUCCAAGAUGGCCAUCGUGGGGGACUAAGUUUAACAUAGGACCCUUUUGGAAAUACUUGUAUAAACUGUCUAAGUUAACAGAGAACCGCAGAAUUGAAUAAAACCAAACAUAGCAUGCUUGUUCCUUAUGAGGUGUUGAACAAAUGUUGUUUCUUUGUAGCUGAUCCAUCAUCCAAGAUUCCCGCCAGCGGGAUACGUAUUAUAACAUAAGAUCCUAUUGGAAAUGCAUACACAAAUCUUUUCGUCUAGAGAACCACUGAAUGGAAAGAAACCAAACAUAGCAUGAAUGUUCUUAAUAAGGUGCUAUCCAAGUGUUGUAAGUUUGUAGCCUAUCCAUCACCCAAUAUGGCUGCCAUGAUGGGCAUCGGGGGACUUAGUUUAACAUAGGACCCUUUGAGAAAUACAUACAAAUGUCUUCUUUUAGAGAACCACAGAGUGGAAUGCAAUACUAGUAUUGAACCAAAUUUUGCCUCAAUCAUUAUUUAAGUAUCAGUUAUGAUUUUUGUCGAGCCUGCAACUUUUGUUGCAGAAAGCUUGACAUAGGGAUAGUGUCCCGGCGGCGGCGGCGGUGUUAGCUCACUUCUUAAAAGCUUUAUAUUUUAGAAGGUAGGAGACCAGGAUGCUUCAUACUUUGUAUAUAUAGAUGCCUCAUGUUACAAAGUUUCCGUCAGUCACAUGUCCAAUGUCCUUGACCUCAUUUUCAUGGUUCAGUGACUACUUGAAAAAAAAGUUCAGAUUUUGUGUAAUGUUAAAUUCUCUCUUAUUAUAAGUAAUUGGAUGACUAUAUUUGGUAUUUGUGUACCUUGCAAGGUCCACAUGCCUGUCAGACCGUUUUCACUUGACCUCGACCUCAUUUCAUGGACCAGUGAACCAGGUUAAGUUUUCGUGGUCAAGUCCAUAUCUCAGAUACUAUAAGCAAUAGGGCUAGUAUAUUCAGUGUAUGGAAGGACUGUAAGGUGUACAUGUCCAACUGGCAGGUGUCAUCUGACCUUGACCUCAUUUUCAUGGUUCAGUGGUUAUAGGUAAGUUUUUAUGUUUUGGUCUGUUUUUCUUAUACUAUAUGCAAUAGGUCUACUAUAAUUGGUGUAUGGAAUGAUUGUAAGGUGUACAUGUCUAGCUGACAGGUGUCAUCUGACCUUUACCUUAUUUUCAUGGUUCAGUGGUCAAAGUUAAGUUUUUUAGUUUUGGUCUAUUUUUCUAAUACUUUAUGCAUUAGGUCAACUAUAUUUGGUGUAUUGAAAUAUUUUAUGAUCUAUAUGUCGGUUACGCAGGUUUUAUUUGACCAUGACCUCAUGUUCACGGUCCAUUGCUAAGUUUUAAGUGUUUGUGUUUUGGUCUGUUUUUCUUUAUUUAUAAGCAAUAAGUCAACUAUAUUUGUUGUAUUGAAGAAUUGUUAGCUGUACAUGUCUGCCUGGCAUGGUUCAUCUGACCUUGACCUCAUUUUCAUGGUUCAUUGAUCAAUGGUUCAUUUUCUUGGUUAAUGUUGAUUUUUUUAUGACAGUUGUUAUAAAGCUUUAUAUUUAGGUGUAUCAAGAUAGUAUCAAGGAUUAGUAAAGAAGGCGAGACAUUUCAGUGUGUGCACUCUUGCUAUCUUUUAUAUGAUUUCUAAAAGCCAAGUACAAUGAAGUAGAGUCAUGGGAGCGAUACAGGCUCUUGAGAACAUUCAGUUUUCUAUUGUAAAUGAAUGGGACUAGUGAAAGCCAGCAGGAAGCUAGUCACAUGAAAAGUAUCCUGAAUGCGAGAACCAAACUUUAAAUUGAUACGAUAUUCCCGUGCUUGCAUUUCCUAUCAUGAUUUUCUUGAUAGAGGGUUACAGCUCACAAGGAAGCUACUAAACCACGAGUUCCAAAUGGUGAAGUUGAAAUCAUCCCUUCGUAAAAAUUUUACGGACGCCAUCAAAAAACGACAAUUUAGGUGAAAAAAAGUCGGGAUAAACUAAAAGAAAAAUGCAGGACCGAACAGAGUGAAAAAUAAAAAGGCAGGACAGAGAUUACAGCUAAAAAAAUGCAGGACAAAAUUUUUCAUCCUACAUGAUAUGUAGUUAUUUUCACAAAAACGAUGAAAAAUAUAUGAUUUAUGCAGUUUUUUAUCUUUAUUUCCAUCUUGUGCAGCUAAGAAACAAUAAAAUAAUUUAA